AUGAGGCGCUGGCGAGGUGAAAGCGCACUAGAAAGAAACGUCAGUGCUGAGAUUCUACAAACAAAUCAGAUCAUUGUUGGACGCUGUGAAGAACUUUUGAAUGUAACAAAACCUGACAUUUAUAAACCACCACACGUGAAUUACAUAGUCGAAAAUCAACUGAAUCCGGGUUUGGAUCGAAUUGUGGUAAGUAAUACAGAUCCUUUACUUUCCUUAGCGGACGUGGACAAUCAAGAACUUGUCAAAGAAAAGACGGUGGCAAAUUUCAUCAUUGUAAGUAGAGAUUCAGAUGGAAAGCAGUGUUAUCAUGAAGAUGAUGAAGUAAAAGUCAACAUUAUAACUCCAGCACAUGAUCAACUGGAAACAGAGAUAAAAGACACUAAAAACGGCAAGUACACAGUAACAUACACACCACAGUGUGUUGGACAACAUAGAGUAGAGAUCCAAGUUAAUGGACAGCCACUGACUGGUAGUCCCUGGGUUGUGCAGGUGAUUCCGCAUCAGUAUCAAUUUGCGUUUCAGUUUGGAUCAAAAGGGAAAGAGCAAGGACAGUUUGACGAGCCUUGUGGUAUUGCUGUGAAUGAUAAAAGCAGGACGCUUGCUGUUGCUGAUACAAACAAUAACAGAAUUCAGAUGUUUGACUUUGAUGGGAAUUUCCUCAGGGAGAUAGCACUGGAAGAUGAAGCUUCUUCGGUGGCUUUUACCGAGUCUGGUGACCUCCUUAGCACUGUCGAUAGUGACGACAAUGAACUCACCUUGUACAAUGAGGGUGGCCAAUUCAUUCGAUACAUCAGCGAUAAACAUGUGAAGGAACCGUUGUUCAUAUCUGUUGGGAGUGAUGGCCGUAUAAUCGCAUGUGACUGUUAUGACAAAACGAUCAAAGUUCUCAGCCCUGAUGGGAAAGAUUUACGUCAGUCGUUCAGGGCUCCUGGUUGUGAUGCGGAGCCAUUUAGUGCUGUUUAUCAGCAGGACAAAUUUUUUGUGUCUUAUCCAGACGCUGACCGUGUCAUGGUAUUUAACAUCACAGGGGAGUAUCUAUAUGACAUUGCCAGUAAAACGGGAUCUGUUAACUGGCAGUUCUCGGGUCCCACUGGUCUCUCUAUUGACAAGUUUAACCGUUUGAUCGUUUGUGAUGGGAAUAACCAGGGACUGCAGCUGUUCACUCUUGACGGAAAAUAUGUCGCUAAGGUAGCUGGGAGUUUUUUUGACCAUAAUCCUCACCUUGUUGAUUGUGCCGUGUCUGAUACUGGACAUGUUUUUGUUACGGAUAUUAACAAACACUGUAUUUAUGUUUUCAACCAGCUCUGUGUGAAUAUUUAA